AUGUCUAUUCUCGGGAAAUUCAUCUAUGUCACCGUCCUCCUCCUCAACGCUAUCUGCAUCCCCUCCGAAGACCGCUUCCUCGCGCGCGUCGGCCUCGCCCCGGCGACAUACCAGCGCGGCUUCGGGCAAGAAGUAGACAGCAGCGUAAAAUACAAAAUAAUCCAGUUGAUCGCGAGCGUGCGGACGGUCAUGAGGGUGUACGAGCUCAUCCUCGGCUAA